CCCAGUUUGACUGUGGUGGCGUCGUUCCAUUUCUUCCGAUCCGCCCAUCUCUCUCUCUCUCUCUGAGGUAUAGAGGGAUCAGAGAAAUAAUGGUGACAAGUGAAAGAAUUGCAGGAAACAAUAAUAAUCUGACAAAGACCACCCACUUUGAUGCUUUGGGAAUUUGCUGUUCGUCUGAGGCUUCAUUGAUAGAGAAGAUUGUGAAGCCUCUUGAGGGAGUGGUAGAGGUUUCCGUCGUCAUCCCAACCAAAACCGUUGUCGUCGUCCAUCAUUCUCUCCUCAUCUCCGAGCAACAGAUUGAGAGGGCAAUCAAUAAAGGAGGGUUUGAGGCAAGUGUGAGAGUGAAUGGAGUGAAGAAUAAUAAUGCAGAAAAGUGGCCAAGUCCCCAUUCAAUAUGCUGUGGAGUUUUACUAUUGCUCUCAUUGCUAACAUAUGUUUAUGAACCCUUGAAAUGGCUGGCGGUUGGAGCUGCCGCAGUGGGCAGCAUACCCAUCUUCCUAAGGGCCCUUAAAUCACUGCUCAAUCUAACUCUUGAUAUAAACAUUCUUAUGUUAAUUGCAGUUAUAGGAUCAAUUGCUCUACAAGACUACUGGGAAGCUGCUACAAUUGCUUUCCUUUUCACCAUUGCAGAAUGGCUAGAAUCCAGGGCAACUCACCAGGCUGUGGCUGUUCUUUCAUCACUAGUUGAUGUUGUCCCUCAAAGGGCUGUGUUAGCUGAAACUGGUGAAGAACUAAAUGCUGAUAAAGUGGAACUGAACACCCUUCUUUCUGUCAAGACUGGAGAAAUGGUACCAAUUGAUGGAAUUGUUGUUGAUGGGGAAUGCGAAGUAGAUGAAAAAACUUUGACUGGUGAACCCUUUCCUGUUGCAAAGCAGAAGGACUCAACUGUUUGGGCUGGCACAAUCAAUCUUAAUGGGUACAUCAACAUCAAGACUACUGCUGUAGCAAAGGAUUGUGUUGUGGCAAGAAUGGCAAAGCUUGUAGAAGAUGCCCAAAACAAUAAAUCUAAAACCCAAAGAUACAUAGACAAGAUUGCCAAGUACUACACACCAGUUAUAGUGGCUAUUUCAGCUUGUUUGGCAAUAGUUCCUGCUUCACUGAGACUUGAGAAUCGAAACGAAUGGUACCGAUUAGCUUUGGUUACCUUGGUGACUGCCUGUCCCUGUGCACUUGUGCUAUCCACUCCCAUUGCCAUGUUCUGUGCACUUUCAAAGGCGGCGACUUUAGGUCUUUUGUUUAAAGGGGCAGAAUACCUUGAAACUCUUGCUAAGAUAAAGGUCAUGGCUUUUGACAAGACAGGGACAGUAACAAGGGGCCAAUUUACAGUGACACGGUUCAAGACUUUUAUGGAUGGUGUAAGCCACAAUACAUUGCUUUACUGGGUUUCAAGCAUUGAGAGUAAGUCUAGUCAUCCAAUGGCUACUGCUGUGAUAGACUAUGCAUAUUCACAUUCAGUUGAGGCCAUGGCAGAGAGAGUGGAGCAAUUUCAAAAUUUUCCUGGAGAGGGAAUUUAUGGAAGAAUAGAUGGGAGGGAAAUCUACAUUGGAAACAAGAAAAUAUCUUCAAGAGCAGGAUGCACUACAGUUCCAGAGCUUUGUGAAGACACUAUAGAAGGCAAGUCCAUGAGUUAUGUGUUUGUGGGAUCAUCUCCUGCUGGAUGCUUUAGCCUGUCUGAUGUUUGCCGAGGAGGUGUACGAGAAGCCCUUGAAGAGCUCAACUCAAUGGGCAUCCAAACUGUAAUGCUCACAGGAGACUCCUACACAGCUGCAAAUCAUGCACAAGAUCAGUUAGGUGGUGCAUUUGGGGCUUUUCAUGCAGAACUCCUCCCGGAAGAAAAGGCGAGAUACAUCAGAGGCUUUCAGAAAGAAGCAGCAACAGCGAUGAUAGGGGACGGUGUGAAUGAUGCUCCUGCAUUAGCCACAGCUGAUAUUGGCAUCUCGAUGGGUGUUUCUGGAUCCGCGCUUGCCAUGGAAACCGGCCAUAUCAUCCUCAUGACCAACGAUGUUGGGAGGAUACCAAUAGCCCUUCGACUUGCAAGACGGGCUGGAAGGAAAAUCAUUGAGAACAUGGUUUUGUCCAUCACUAUGAAGGCUGGUGUAUUGGCAUUGGCUGUUGCAGGUUAUCCCCUUGUCUGGGCUGCCGUGGUUUCUGAUGUUGGAUCCUGCUUGAUUGUAAUCUUUAACAGUAUGCUGCUUCUUCAAGGAUCGAGAUCAUCCACAUCUGGACCUCUAAACUCCUGCAAAUCAUCUCAUUCUUGCCAGCAGCCCUGCUGCCCUAGUACAGAUUUGCAGAACACAUGUGACAACAGCAUUUGUGAAAGCACUACUUCAGAUUUGGAAGAGCCAUUGUUGACAUCACAGAAUCAUUGCCAUGCCAACCAUUCCACAAAUCACUGCAACAGCCUUAACAAAGAUGAUAACAAAGGAACAAAACCAUGUUGUGAAUCUCAACGAAUCGAUCAGGUGUGCAGUCCAGAAUUUAUUACUACUACAGGUAAUGUGGAGUGUGCUGCUAUUGAUGAUGCAUGCAGCAAGGCGCGACAAGUUGGUUGCUGCCAGAGCUUUAGGAAAGAAUGUUGUUCUAAAAGCAGUAAAUUUGGAGGAAGCUUAUCAGAAAUUGUUAUUGAAUAAACCAAAACAAUUUGUGAUUUCAAAGAGCUACAAAAUGAAGAAAUGUGAGACUGUUGAACUUGAGCUUAAUUAAUUACACCCUGAAACUGGUAGACAUGGUUAUGUAUGUAUGUAGGAGUAUUGUAAUGACUGUAUGUAUGUUAUUGAUUGUACUGGUACUCAGAAAUGAAAAUAUAUAUUGUCCAUUAGUUUGCCAUCAUUGGGCUUGGGAAAUGGGAAUUCAAAA